AUGUGCAGCUCGUGGAAAAAGCUGCCACCGCUGCUGCGCUGGCUUCUUCCUGCGGCCAUCGCGUUGCUGAUUGUAUGGGUGUACGUUGGUUUCGCACUCAACUCUAUGGGAUUAUUGGCCUUGCCCGUCGAAUAUUGGCUUCAGUUCAACACCACAUUUGCGAUCAUGCUCGUGUGCCUUGGCCGAACCAUGGCGGCGCAGGUGACGCUGGACGUGGCCAAGCAUGUCCAAGGCGACGGAUCCAUUGAGCUCAAGUACAGCGGCGAGAAGCGCUUCUGUCGCAAGUGCAACGUGCCCAAGCCGGACCGGACCCACCAUUGCAGUGCCUGUGGGUCAUGCAUUGCCAAAAUGGAUCACCAUUGCGUCUUCCUCAACAAGUACAGUACACCUUUUCAUGAUGGCAGUCGGUCGCCCUGCUGGAUACAUGACGAUCUGGUCUGGCGUAGAUGUAUUGGGUUGGAGAAUUACAAGUUUUUCGUGCUCUUUCUAUGGUGGAGUGCGGUUGUGUGCUUGGACACUGCGUAUUUAACGUGGACGCAUGUGUUUGGCUUGGCUUUUGACCGUCUUGCGCACGACAUUGCCGCCAGAGCGUUCCAGUUGACAUCACCCCAUACACAGGUUGUUUGCGUGUUCUUUACUAGUAUGUGCGUGGGGUUGGCUCUGCUCGUGUUCUGCGGCAUGCAUUUGGUUUUGAGCAUGUGCAAUCUCACGACGUUGGAGUACUGCGAAAAGCGCGGGACGAUUGGGUUUGUCAACUACUACAACGUGGGCGUGCUAUCCAACCUCCAUCAAGUGUUUGGCAAUUGGUUGGUGGCAUGCCUCCCUAUUUAUCCUGCCCAUAUGACGGCGUUGCGCCAGCAAUUUCCCGUCAACGUGAAGAAAUUCGACUAGAAACACUGCUAAUGCCAAUAUCACGUUUGCAUCAAUAAGAUGCGGUCGAACACGCUGCUGAGCCGGUCCUCCUCGUCUAACAGGUGCGCUUGGUGGGCCGUGAGCACCGGGCGCGCCUGCAUCGCUUGCUCGGCGUCCUUCAUGUCCAUGGCGUCGUACCGAGUCGAAUAUAAAUGCGAAAGCAGGGGU